AUGAGUCUGUCUUCAAAAGCUGCCGAUGUCGUGUUAGAAGCUGGUAAUUCUUUCAAACGCAUUGCUGAGCUAACAAUGGAAUUAGUUGAUCCAAAUAUACCAGUGCCAUACACAACGUCGACAGCGGUAGUUCAGAAAACAAUUGAUUCGUCGGAAUUAAAACGUUUGCGUAAUGCAUUAAAUCGUUUUUCCGCUGGCUUAGAAGCCGUCGCUUAA